AUGAAGAAACAAAAGCCAUGGGAGGUUUUCUUGGAUCUAGUCAAAGGGGAUAUGAGCAGCCACGAGGUGAUCAAAGAUGGAACAACAAUCAAGGUUAGGGAGGAAUUCAACAAGGGAACUACCAAUCAAGUCAACCACAUCAAUACCAACAAAGACUACCUUUUCCACCACAAAACUUUCAGCCAAGGCAACCACAACACCCUCCUCAACAAGCGGGUUCAUCAACUUGCUAUUUCCGUAAGCAAACUAGAAUCUCAAGGAAAGUUGCUUGCCCAAACUGAAGCAAACCCAAGGCACAAUGUAUGUGCCAUCACAUUGAGAAACGGGAAGAGUUAUGAUGGUCCAAAAUUGUCGGUUGAUCAAAAGGAAGAAGAAAUAGUAGUUGAAGAGACAAUUAAAAAAGAGAAGGAGGAAGAGAAAACAAUUGAAAAGAAGCCCUUCAUCACUGAGUCUAAAGCCACACCUGCUCCAUUUCCCGAAAGAUUAAAGAGCACGAAGAAAGAACGGGAGGAGAAUGAGAUCAUGCAAAUGUUCAAGAGAGUUCAAAUCAACAUUCCACUCCUCGAGGCCAUCAAGCAGGUACCUAGAUACGCAAGGUUCCUUAUGGAUCUUUAUGUAUCUAAAAAUAAAUUAAAAGGAAAUCAAGUCGUAACGGUUGGGGAGCAUGUAUCCGCGGUUUUGCAAAAGAGGAUGCCCCCGAAGUGCAAGGAUCCCGGUGUCUUUACCGUGCCUUGCAAGUUAGGAAAUCUUUAUGUACCCCGAGCUAUGCUUGAUCUAGGUGCAUCCGUAAAUGUCCUACCAUAUUCUCUUUUCAAAUCAAUUGGUGUAGGAACAUUGAGCAAAACCGGUGUGAUCAUCCAACUUGCUGACCGGUCUUUGGUACACCCAAAGGGAGUAUUAGAGGACGUGUUAGUGUAA